UUCUCAGAGCUGAGUGACACAGACACUCAGAGGAAGAGGAAGAAAUGACGCAAGAAAGAUCCCCCUAAGAUUCUAAAUUCUUGUUCAUCCACUCCCCUGCGUCAUUGCCUUAAUUUUCUCCUCUCAUCCUUCUCUUCCUCAUCUCACUCUCCUACCCCUCCGAUCAACAAUCUCUGUCUGUGCUUUUCUAUUCCCCCCAUCUCUGUGACUGUGAGAUCGUCUGUCUUUUGUCUUCAACCAAAUUGUUAUCAGACUCUGUUUCGAAUAUCAGCAUAAACAACACCAAACGUAAUGACAGUUGACUGCAUUGCAAACGUAACCUCCGAUGGCCCUCCACCGCGGAAAGAUGAAAACAAGGAGCAGCAACCAUCUCUGGUUUUUGACGCCUCGGUUCUUCGAUACCAAUCCAACAUACCGAAACAAUUUGUGUGGCCCGACCAUGAGAAACCCAGUGCCGACGCACCAGAACUCCAGGUUCCGCUCAUCAAUUUGAGUGGGUUCCUUUCCGGGGACCCAGUUGCAGCCUGGGAAGCGUCGAGGCUUGUGGGGGAGGCAUGUAGGAAACAUGGCUUCUUUCUUGUUGUAAAUCACGGAGUGAAAGCUCGACUCAUAGCCGAUGCUCAUCGCUACAUGGACUUGUUCUUCGACAUGCCGCUCCACGAAAAGCAGAGGGCUCAGAGGAAGCCCGGCGAGAGCUGUGGAUAUGCUAGUAGCUUUACUGGCCGCUUCUCCUUCAAACUCCCCUGGAAAGAGACCCUCUCCUUCAGCUAUUCAGCCCACCAACAACCACACAAAACCGUGGAAGAAUAUUUCCUCAACGUCCUCGGUGAAGGUUUCAGGGAAUUUGGGAGGGUGUACCAGGAAUACUGUGAGGCUAUGAGUACUCUCUCUCUUGGGAUCAUGGAGCUCUUAGGGAUGAGCCUCGGAGUAGGUCCUACCCAUUUCAGGGAUUUCUUUGAAGAAAAUGAUUCGAUAAUGAGGCUUAACUACUAUCCGCAGUGCCAGAAGCCAGAACUCACCCUUGGAACAGGGCCUCACUGUGAUCCAACUUCUUUAACCAUCCUUCAUCAGGACCACGUCGGCGGCCUUCAAGUCUUCGUAGACAACAAAUGGCAUUCGAUAAGUCCCAACCCUGAAGCUUUUGUCGUCAACGUCGGCGAUACGUUCAUGGCUCUGUCCAAUGGACAGUACAAGAGUUGCUUGCAUAGAGCAGUUGUUAACAGCAAAACACCAAGGAAAUCUCUGGCCUUCUUUCUCUGUCCAAGGGCGGAUAUGGUGGUGAGCCCGCCGAGAGGACUGGUGGACUCAGAGCAUCCAAGAAUGUACCCAGACUUCACAUGGCUGACGUUGCUUGAAUUUACUCAGAAACAUUACAGAGCGGACAUGAUGACCCUUGACGCCUUCUCCAAUUGGCUUCAACAAGAAAGCAAAUGAACAAGGAUGCGCCCAUCCAAAUCAGCUCUUGAUCUUCACUUCUCGUUAGCCUCACCUUUUCAGGAAAGCGAAUUUGAUUUUGUGGAGGACUAGGAGUUUCUUGGUAGGAACAGAGUAGUAGCUAGGACGCUAAGAGAAAACCAACAGAAGGGUCAGAUUU